AUGAGGAGGAUGAAUUGUGGUUCAUCAAGACGCGAAGAAUGCAGCGAAGAAUGUGCAGGCGGAAAUACCGAAGAAGAAAUGGAAGAAUACGCUGAAGUCUUCGAAAACAUAGAAGAAUAUCGCGACGAUGCCAAGAAGGGUAAUCGACCAAGACGAAAGGAUGAUGAUUCCGAUUCCGAUUCGGACAGUGACACCGAUACCGACACGGAUACAGACACGGAUACGGACACGGAUACGGACACGGAUACAGACACCGAUACGGAUGAUGAAGAAGAAGAGGAAGACACAGAUACUGAUACCGAUACGGACACGGAUGAUGACGAUGACGAAGAAGAAACAGACUCAGACGACAACGAAGAAGAAGAUGAAGAAGAAGAAGCUGCUGAUGAAGAAGACGAAGAAGAAGAAAAAGACAAACACAAAAGCAAAAGCAAAAGUUCACACGGAAAAAAAAGUAGCAAAUCAAAACAUCAUUAA